AUGCGCUCCUUCGCCCUCCUCCCCCUGGCCGCGGCCGCCCUGGCCUCGUGCCAGAACGACACGACGUCGCCGGCGCCCGCCGUGCCGAAUGUCGUCCCCUCCCUGUGGGACGGCGAGUGCUACUACCCGACCGGCGACAUCGGCUUCGGUCUCGAGUCCUACCUCGGCCGCUGGUACCAGGUCGCCGGCACCCUGGCGCCCUUCACCGGCAACUGCAAGUGCAUCCGCGCCGAGUACUCCCUCAACGACAAUGGCACCGUCAAGGUCAACAACACGUGCGAGGCCGCCGGUCGUGCCGUCAACAUACUCGGCACCGCGUCCCCCGCGGAUCCGGGCUACGGAGCCAAGGGUGUCUUCCGGGUGCAGUUCCCCGGUCAGCCGGGGCCCGAGUGCGCGGGACCGAACUACAUUGUUCAGGACUACACGGGCGACUUUGCCAUUGUGCAGUCGAGCAACUUUUCGACGCUGUUCAUCCUCAGCAGGGAGCAGCAGGUCGAGGGCGACGUUCUGGACGCCUGGAUCGACAGGGCGGGCUUGCUCGGCUCGAACCUCGACAAUGUCAUCAAGAACGACCAGACGGAGUGCCAGUUCAACUAA